GGGACCUCGCGUUUUACAUUCCUGGCAUUCCGACCUCAGUCCCUCCUCGGUUACUUAUUAUCGCCGCCUGCUCUCUCCAUAGUCAUUUCACAGAAAGAGAGGCGCGAGGCGACAUGAGGCUCGUUUAACUCGACUCAAACCCAUCGGAAAUAUUGGAAAUACUUUAGGAUUGAAUCCACUCCGAGCGGAGCGUUGUGUUGUCAAUGAAAGCUGGUUCCUAGCUGAUUUACUGAAAAAUAAAUCCUAUUUGGAAGCAAAGCAGCUCUACUGGUUCUUUUAGAGAAAACCUUUCCUUUUUUUUUUUUUUCUAACACUGUACUAUGUCUUCCACUGAGGAGCCGUCUGGCACAGUCCUACACCGGCUCAUCCAGGAGCAGCUCCGCUAUGGGAACCCUACAGACACCCGCACUUUACUUGCCAUCCAGCAGCAGGCCUUGCGUGGAGGCAGUGGAAGCAACAGUGGACCCAGCAGUGCUGGAGAAAUGACCAGAAGCCCCAGAUCUUCUCUGGAAAGCCUCACUCAGGAGGACCCUUUGCUUCCCCAGCUCUCAGCGAGGCAGGAGCCACAGGGCCAGGAGCACCAAGGGGACUACCAUCACUCAGAAAGUGGCUUCCAGCUACACGGAGAGAAGCUGCCAACCUACGAGCAGGCCAAAGCACACUCUCAGUACCCAUCCUCUCACUGGACUCACAAUCAGCUCCACGAGGGGCAGCUUGUUCUGGGUGAUGGAUCCUUCCAUGAAGAAGCUGAUCUGUUGGGGCAAAAAUGCAGCCACGUGCGCUCGCUCAGUGAACACCUCAUGCAGAUGUCUCUGGAGAGAAGAGAUGUAUUCGCUAAAUCUGCAGCCAUUAAAAUAAACUCUCACAGCUAUCCCGAGCUCCCUUACUACACCCCACAGUGCAUUGAACGGACGGCGCAAAACGCACCCAAGCGAAGCCCACCCCCAGAAUACAGCAGUCCCAUCCAGGGCCAGGGUUUUAUCCCUCACCAAGUCCAGGAACCAACACUGGCUCGGCCUCACAGAUAUGUCCAGCCUGAUCAGCCGGACUUACCCAGCUACAACACAUUUAACAGUCUGCCACCUGCUGGCUUGGAGGAACCAAACCAGGUGGAGCUGCUGAUGAUGGAAAAUGAGAGGCUGAGGCAAGAGGUGGAAAGUCACAGGGAGAAGACCGGCCGCAUUCAGAAGCUGGAGCAGGAGAUUCAGCGCAUUUCAGAGGCUUAUGAGACGCUGAUGCAGGGCAGCAGUAAGAGGGAAAACCUGGAACAGACGCUGAGGAGGAGGCUGGUGGCUGAGAUCAGGAGGCUGCAGGAUUUUAACAGAGACCUCAGAGAAAACCUGGACAAAGCCAGAACCCACGCAGCUAAAGAAGUAGAGGUGGCCGACCACAACCAGCACAUCAUGGCUAAACUCCUUGAACAAAAUGAGGAGCAGAAUGCUGAGCGGGAGCGUACGGAUCGGGAGAUACAGCGCUUGCGAGUGACAGUGGAAGAGCAGAGCAUUAGGACCAAGCGCCUUGAGGAGGCUCUUGAGGCGGCUCGGGGACGAGGUCGCCAGCUGGAGGAGGAGCUGAGGAGAAAGAGAGCGUAUGUGGAGAAGGUAGAGAGGCUCCAGAGCGCUCUGGCUCAGCUGCAGUCAACGUGCGAGAAAAGGGAGAGUCUAGAGAUGAGGCUCAGGACAAGGUUGGAGCAGGAGCUGAGGACUCUGAGGGCGCAGCAGAGACAGACUCAGCCCCCUGGGUUGACCGUAAGCUCGCUCCAAGAGCGCUUACGUGAGCGCGAGGAGCGCAUCCUGGCCCUGGAAGCUGACAUGGUGCGUUGGGAGCAGAAGUACCUUGAGGAGAGCACAAUGAGACAAUUCGCCAUGGAGGUGGCGGCCACUGCUGCUGCUCAGAGAGACACAACCAUCAUUAACCAUUCACCCUGCAACUCCUCUAACAACAGCUUCAAUGAAGACCUGCCACUUCCUGACCACAGGAACCAGGAAAUGGAAAACAGGAUUCGAGCCCUUUAUGCUCAGAUAUUGGAAAAAGAUGCUGUGAUAAAGAUCCUCACCCAGCGGCUGCAUCAGGAUCAGAGUCAGAAGGAUGAGCAGAGCCCUCGAGCGAACCCCAUGAACACGGCGGGAACUCUACUACGACCAGCUUCCUCCACUCCCUCCAUCAGCACGGCCUGCAGCAAGAGUAAAGGUAAAAAUCUGUCAAACGAUGACAUUCGCCCGACCCAACCAGUCCCUGCACAGUCGGAACCUUCAACGCUUGAAAAGCAGACAGAGGAAACCAGCAAAACUAAGCUAAAUGACGACAAGGCAGGGCCUAAGAAGAUGCUGUCAGAUCCCUUCAGUGGCUUGGACGACCUGGAGUCGGAGGCAGUGGAAAUCUUCAUUUAAGCAACCAAAAUUUGGAUGUUAAAU